AUGGAUCACACACGCGAUCCCUGCCCUUGGGUCAUCCUCAAUGACUUUGGAGGUGCUUUCUGCAUGGGUGCGAUUGGUGGUACAAUAUGGCACGGCAUCAAGGGCUUCAGAAACUCGCCGUACGGCGAGAGGCGGAUAGGCGCCCUCACAGCCGUCAAGAUGCGAGCACCGGUUCUGGGCGGCAACUUCGGCGUGUGGGGAGGCAUGUUCUCGACUUUCGACUGCGCGGUCAAGGGCAUCCGAAAGAAGGAGGAUCCGUACAAUGCCAUCAUCGCCGGUUUCUUCACUGGUGGUGCAUUGGCCGUCCGAGGUGGCUAUAAGGCCGCCCGUAAUGGUGCUAUCGGUUGUGCGGUACUGUUGGCGGUCAUUGAGGGUGUCGGAAUUGCGUUCCAGAAGAUGCUGGCUGGCAGCACAAAGCUGGAGGUGAGUUGA